AGCCAAAGAGUUUUACUCUCCACUCUUUGAUCAUGUAAGCUUUGUUUUAGUUUCAUCAUCUUUAGUUGCAUCAUUUGUUUAUAUGUGUUUUUAGUCAUGUCUGUCGAUAGAAAUAAGUCUUUCGCUGAAUUUUCUGAUCUAUGUGAGUCCAUUUUAAAGGCCAAGAGGAAAGACAAAGUCUGUUUGCUUGCCGAUUAUAUUUUGAGUUGGAGAUCGCACCCAGGAUAUAAUGCGACUAAUCCGGAAACCAGUUUUUUCCCUUGUCUCCAGUUGCUAUGUCCGGCCCUGGAUCGAUCACGUCCUGCUUUUGGGUUAAAGGAAUUCAGUUUGGUCAACCAAUAUCUCAGGAUUCUUGGCAUCAACAAGAAAAGUAAAGAAGGAGAAAUGAUCUCGUAUUACAAGCUUCCAAAACAUGCAAAAGUUCAAUCUGACUUAUCAAGCAUAAUCAUGAAAAUCUUAGCUAGCAAAGGCCGAACACAGAACAGUGAUCUAUCAAUCAAAGAUGUCAAUGACUGCCUAACUCGUAUUGCUCUUUCCUAUCAAGAUGGAAAUCAAUCUGGGAUAAAUUCAAACUUGGAACAUUUGAUUCUUAAUCUUGGUCCCCUGGAAAACAAGUGGCUGAUUCGAAUAAUUUUAAAAUCUCUUAAUUUCCGUCUAUCUGAGACUGUCAUUUUAAACACAUUCCACCCAGAUGCCCGUUCUUUUUAUGAUUGCAAUCAAGAUUUAGCUGAAGUUUGCGUGAAACUGGCUGAUGAUCGUAUUCGUGGAUUUGUAGUCUCUUUAACUGUCUUCAAGCCAUUUGUCCCGAUGUUGUCUGAAAGAAUAGAAAUCAAAAAGAUAAACUCAAUCACCUCUGGGAAACCAUUUUGCAUUGAAAAGAAAUAUGAUGGAGAGCGAAUCGUAUUGCAUAAACAAGGCGAUGUUUUUAAAUAUUUUUCUCGCAACGGGUUCGAUUUCUCAGAAUCCUUCAAUAAGUCGUUUACUCCAUUCAUAGAUCCCUGUUUCAACAAGAUAUCUGACUGUAUAAUUGAUGGAGAGAUGCUAGGAUUUAAUGUAUCAAGUAACAGUCUGAUUACCAAAAGCCAACUCAAAUUUGACAUAAAAAAGUUAACCGAUGGUGAUUUAGAAGCUUUCCACCCAGUUUAUUUUGUGUUUGACAUACUUGUUUGCAAUGGACAGCAGCUAACGUCAAAACCUUUAAAAGAACGAUCUCAAAUUCUUUCCGAAUACCUGCAGACGAAAGAAAAUUGGUUGAUGCAUGCUGAUAAACAAGAUGGGAAUGAUAAAUAUGAUACUAUCCGCUGUUUGAAUGAUGCUAUUGACAAACGAGAUGAAGGAAUUAUUGUCAAAUUCUGGGAUUCCAUUUAUAAGCCCAACAUCCGAAGGAAUAGUGGAUGGUUCAAAUUGAAGCCGGAUUACAUUGAGGGUUUGAUGGAUGAUUUAGAUCUCUUGAUUGUAGGUGGUUAUUAUGGUGAUGGACGCAGAGCUGGAAUAAUAUCACGUUUUAUGUUGGCUGUUGCUGUUAAAGAAGAUGAUUGUAUCGAUGGUCGCCGAUUUCGUUCAUUUGGUAAAGUUGGCAGUGGUUACUCCGAUAGCGAACUCAAAACUCUCUUAGAAAAGUUGGAACCACACUGGGUUAAAUUUAACCCUUCAGACCCUCCUUCAUUCCUAGAACUUGGAAAAGCCAAACCAGAAUUUUAUGUUGAACCCAAAAACUCUUUCAUUCUUCAAGUAAAAGCAUCAGAAUUCAUGGAAAGCGAUGAUUUUGCUGUUGGAACCACUCUAAGAUUUCCAAGGGUUGUUUGCAUACGGUAUGAUAAAAAAUACAGUGACUGCAUGACAACCGAAGAGCUGUCUCAACUACAAGAACAAGGCAAUUUAUUUACUCGUCAAAUUGGCGAUCUAUCAGAUGAUGAUGAUGAACCUGUUAAAAAAAGGCGAAAACCUGUUAGUGACAGAAAAUUUGCCUCUCAUUUUAUCUUGGCCAAUUUAGAUUCAGUUGAAAUGUGCAAAGAUAUCUUACAGGGAAGAGAAAUGUGUGUUCUGAAUGGAUCAAGUGAAUUACCGAAAAUCUCAGCUGAAAAGCUAAUUGUCCAAUAUGGAGGUAAAAUAUCUGCAAACCCAACCAAAGAAUGUUAUUGUUUAAUAGCUCAUUCCGUUGAAGACUUGCGAGUCAAAAAUUUGAUUAAAUUUGGAAACUAUGAUAUCUUGAGGCUAGAUUGGUUGAUGAAUGUGCUGGAACAUCAAUUAUUUAUCAGCCCAUCUUAUCAUGAUUACAUCGUCAUGACUUCUGAAACUCGUGAAAGCCUUUCAAGGUACUUCGAUCAAUUUGGUGAUUCGUAUUUUGUUGAUAUGUCUAGGGACGAUUUAUUGCGAGCUGUUGAAUCAAUUGGAUAUGAUUAUCAAAUCGAUAAUGACGAUGAAGAUGCCGAAGAAAGUGAAAACUUUUAUUCAGAAGCCAACAUCUCGAGUUUGAAUGGUUGUGAAGUUUUCAUUGAUUCAAUGCCUAGCGAUAGCGACAAUUAUCCUAACAUAGCAUUUGCUCGUGCUUCAUUAACAUUUGGUGGAGCUGAGAUAAGCGAGGAGGAAGAAAAUUCCACUCACCAGUUAAUUUUAAACGAUAAAAAUGAGCUUAUUUUGAAAAAUCGCCAACCUUCCGAUCUGAGUUACAUUUUUGAUUCUGAUCAAUGCCAAUGGCAUCCUAUCACAGAUUGAAUUUUUUAAGAAUAGUUGUCACUCGAUUUUUUUGAAAAAAGUUGGAAUAGCUGAUAUUUUAACAUAAACAGUCAAAAUUUGUUAAUAAAACACUAGAGUGGUUAUAAAGAUUAAAUUAACAAUAGAAAAAUUAAAAUGCUCAAUUCCAAAGAAUCCAGGUAGUAAAGACACAUUUUUCUCGACCAGCUUUGGCAAAAAAUGGAGGGACUACUGUAUAUUUUUUAAUAACAAUGUUUAUAUCAACGUAUUUUGUCAAAACUUUUCUUGUUUUAUUAAAAAUUUUUGUAUCCAUUAAA